CACGGGGCGGAAGUGCCGAGGGGGCCCGAAAGUUUCCGGACGGGGCCGAAGCCGCGCCGACGGCUUCCGGAGAGAGCCGAGAGGCCCCGAGCGGCGGCGCCCGAGCGCAGUCAUGGCGGCGGCCGGGAGCAGCGAGGAGCCGGCGCUGGAGGCCGGGGCGCUGGCCGCAGCCCGGGAGCGCAGCGACCGCUUCUUGAGCGGCCUGGAGCUGGUGAAGCAGGGCGCCGAGGCGCGCGUCUUCCGCGGCCGCUUCCUGGGCCGCGCGGCCGUGGUCAAGCACCGCUUCCCGAAGGGCUACCGGCACCCGGCGCUGGAGGCGCGGCUCGGCCGCCGGCGCACCGUGCAGGAGGCCCGGGCCCUGCUCCGCUGCCGCCGCGUAGGAAUAUCCGCCCCGGUUGUCUUUUUUGUGGACUACGCUUCGAAUUGCUUAUACAUGGAAGAAAUUGAAGACUCUGUGACGGUUCGAGAUUACAUUGAGUCCACGAUGGAGGCGGAAAACACUCCCCAGAGCCUCUUGGGUUUAGCCCAGACCAUCGGGCAGGUGUUGGCGCGGAUGCACGACGAGGACCUGAUCCACGGCGACCUCACGACCUCCAACAUGCUCCUGACACGCCCCCUGGACCCGCCGCCGCGCAUCGUGCUCAUCGACUUCGGGCUGAGCUUCGUGUCGGCGCUUCCCGAGGACAAGGGGGUCGACCUCUACGUUCUGGAGAAGGCUUUCCUCAGCACCCACCCCAACACCGAGACUCUCUUCGAAGCCUUCCUGAAGAGCUACGCCGCCGCCUCCAAGAAGUCCCAGCCCGUGCUGAAGAAAUUAGACGAAGUGCGCCUGAGAGGACGGAAGAGGUCCAUGGUCGGGUAGGAGAACGGGCGCGGCCGCCACGCACGGGGGACACCGCCAGGCACCGGCCAGUGGCUUCCGGGGAAUGCCCCGCGGAUGAGGAUGGACCGCAAUAAAGGGGUGGCGAUGUGUUCCGAGGUGUCUGCGAUCGUGCUUGGGUGGCACAUUGUCUGCCGUGGCCCUUCUCAGGUCCUCGCCAUGGACAGAGACCUGUUGCGGGCAGGGGUUUAGGAUUACAGCAGAUGCGGGACAGACU